AUGUCAAAACUAAUAGUAGAUUUGCCAGCAAUUAGAAGAUACCUUAGAAAAACAAAAUCUUUCUACCUUAAACUGUCUAAAAAUGAUGAUGCACUGGACAAGAAAAUCAAGAAUCGUGAAUAUGUAAAAAAAUUCAGAGAAAAAUUAAAGUCUGAUCCCACCAGGAGAGAGACAAAUGAAAAGUAUAAAAAACAGAAAAAGGAACAGAACCUUGCCUACAAGAAAAAAACGAAGGAAUUAAGAAAAGUAAACCCUUCAUAUGAUGACCAUGUAAAAGAAAUGCAGAGAAAAUGGAAAAAAGAAAGCCGGGCUCGAAAUAAGAAAUUGGCAGAGAAAGAAAAAUCUCCAAAUAAUACAAAAGAACAAAAUCAAAACAGGAAAAGGAAAUCUGUUACACCAGUGAAUAACCCAAGUAAGAAAUACAUGUAUCCAAAAACCAAAUCAAGUACUAACAAAGAGAAAAGGGAAGAAGAGAAAUCACAGUCUCGCAUUAGAAAACGUGCACAAAGAAUAAAAUCACCAUUGCCUGAGAGUACUAAUUACUGGGCAAAAGCAUUAAAUCAUGUCUUGAACACUGCCACACCGAGACGGAAGUCAAAGCUCGAAGCUUUUAACCGUACUAUAAAUCAAGAUCAGCAUGAUGUACUCAGGCUAAACAAAGUUGGGCGCCCCACAAAAGAUAUCCAAGAUGUGAAAAGGAAACUGGCAUUUGCUGCCAAAUCUCCUCUCAGCACUGAGAAGUAUAACCUAAAUAGGUACAAGACAAGGAAGCUUAAACGUCUUCAGAAUCAUAACCUCCCUAAACCAGAAGAAUAUGCUCAAAAAUGGAAACCAGAAAUUUAA